CAACUCGUAACAAGAGCGUGUAUAGAUCGCGUAGGCUGUUCCCAGGCUCGUGUUCUGUGCAAGCAUCAAUCACGGCGUGCGAGUACGCAUUCAAAGUCCUUCCAUUGCUCUGAAGGUUUGCACAGGGCGUGAAGGUCAUCAGCCAGCGCUCGUCCGCACUUUCAACUCGGCCACCCAGCUAGAAGAUCUUCUUUGCAAAGCCAUAGCAACCAGGACCUACCCUAAUCGAAACACGUACUUUGUUGCAGCGACGACGCAUCCAUUGAUCACAAUGUCGCACACAGGCACAUUAAGAGGCACGCCGAAAUCUCGAGCCGGCGCAAGUCAGACGGGCACUUUCUCCAACUCCCCUUCGCAUAUCCCCCGUCCAGCUCUCGAUACACAUGCCAGUCAGACUAGUGCAAGCGACGCAGGCACGUCAACAUUGAGUGCCAGUAGGCAGAAGCAGUCAAAGCGAGACGAGGCUAUCCGUCGACGCAUUGAGACCGACUUGAACAAGAAACGCCAUGUACCGACUCGUGCCCGGCACUCUAAAAAAGCUCCACCAGGUACUGUUCUCGCUUUAAAGCCGAGUCAAGCUCUUCAGAUAAAGCCAAGCACAACCGUAGCAGAAGCUGCGCAGCUCAUGGCUGCUAAGCGAGAGGAUUGUGUGCUCGUCACCGAUGACGAUGAUAGGAUUGCUGGCAUCUUCACAGCCAAAGAUCUUGCUUUCCGUGUUGUCGGCGCAGGAAUCAAGGCACGAGAUGUCACUAUUGCAGAGAUCAUGACUAAGAAUCCGCUGUGCGCGAAGACGGACACAAGUGCCACUGAUGCCCUCGACCUGAUGGUUCGAAAGGGCUUCAGGCAUCUGCCUGUCAUGGAUGAGAAUCAUGACAUCUGCGGUAUCCUUGAUAUCACGAAAUGCUUUUAUGACGCAAUGGAAAAGCUUGAACGAGCAUACACGUCGUCACGGAAGCUUUACGACGCUCUCGAAGGCGUCCAAGCAGAGCUUGGUUCUAGCCAGCCACAGCAGAUCAUCCAAUAUGUCGAGGCAAUACGCAACAAAAUGUCCGGCCCUACUUUGGAAUCUGUCCUGACAGGUCUACCACCGACUACAGUCUCCGUGCGCACGUCAGUCAAAGAGGCCGCAGCCUUGAUGAAGGAGAAUCACACCACAGCAGUGCUAGUUCAAGAUCAAGGACAAAUCACGGGUAUUUUCACUAGCAAAGACGUAGUAUUGCGCGUCAUUGCAGCCGGACUUGAUCCCGCAACCUGCAGUGUCGUUCGUGUGAUGACACCUCAUCCUGACUUUGCUCCGAUGGAUAUGAGCAUUCAGGCAGCCUUGCGCAAGAUGCACGAUGGCCAUUAUCUUAAUCUUCCCGUCAUGAGCGAUGCUGGUGAAAUUGUUGGCAUGGUUGACGUUCUAAAGCUGACAUAUGCUACGCUUGACCAGAUCAAUACAAUGUCUAGUGGCGACAACGAAGGACCUGCUUGGAACAAAUUUUGGAUGUCUUUUGACAACGAGACGGAAUCCAUGAUGUCUGGGGAAGGCGGUAGCCGAGCUCCUCAUACACCAGAUCACCGUUCUCUCAUGUCACCAACUAUGGACCGUCCCGGAGUUCACGACAGAGGUGACAGUGUGCUGCCCAAUGACUCUGCAUCACAUCACGGGGCUGAAAGCCCCGAUCACUCAGCGCUUGCCGGACAAAGUUCUCCUCCUGUCAUAAAUACUCCGUUUCCCUUCAAGUUUAAGGCUCCAAGCGGACGCAUGCACCGCCUGCAGGUCGUUGGCUCCGACGGUAUUGCUGACCUUAUCAGCCAAGUCGGUCAGAAAUUAGGGGCAGAAGCUGCCACAAUUGGCGGCGUUCCCGAAGUUAACGAUGGCUCAGUUGGCAAAUCCGGCUUUGCUCUGAGUUAUCUUGACAAUGAAGGUGAUACUGUAUCAAUCACAACUGAUCGUGAUCUCCUGGAGGCUAUUCAGCUUGCACACAAAAGUCACAGAGAAAAGGUUGAUCUCUUCGUUCAUGACCCAGAUCAACCUCCGCUUCCGUCUACAGUUGAUCCACAGCCUGCACCAGCCAAGCCGCCAACGCCGCCAGAAUCCGUACUGCGUGAGCGAAAGCGACAUGACAGCGACUCUGAGGACGAAGACUAUGAACGGCGACGACGCUCGCGAAAUCAGCCGCAGCCUCAGGAGCAGCUCAUCGCCGGAGUGCCCAAUGAACUUUUGCUUCCAGGUGCCAUCGUGACGCUGGCCGUGGUCAUUGUGGGCGUCUUUGCGCUCAGCCGAACCAGUCGGUAAACACUGCGCAAGGCCAUGCCUUCUCCGUCCAACCCCGACUCAGUUGGGGGUCCGGGUGUUGUCAGGAUGAUUUUUGCGCUUUCACACAUAGGCACAUGUUGUAUUCAAGGCCGAGGAUGCAGUGUCAGAGUAGAUUCGACGUUGUCCAUGGGUAUUUGUUAAGUUUAGUUAUCAACAUCGCCGUUGUAUUGACCAGCCCAGGUCAUCUUUGCAA